CUAUGGUUAUCUAGAUUGGUUCUCAAUUAGAGGCAGCUGUUUAUCGUUGUCUCUGAUUGGGAACCAUAUUUAGACAGCCAUAUUCCUUGAGUAUUUUGUGGGUGAUUGUCUAUGUUUAGUUCCCUGUGUCAGCACUAUUAUUAUAAUAUAGCGUCACGGUGGUUUUGUAAGGUUAAGUUUCUUCAUUUCAUUAAAGAUGUAUUCUCUUCACGCUGUGCCUUGGUCUCAUUGCUAUAACGGACGUGACACCAACUUCAACUGUAGGUCUAGAAUGUGAAAGUAACGGGAAAAAGCUGCACAACAAAGUUAUUUUUGGAUAGGCCAACAACAACAAAAAAACGUAACAUGUUUCUAUGAAGUGCUGAAGUUGAUGUCAGGUACUGGGACUGGACACAUGCUGAAACUCUGAAGAUAAGACAAGCUACUGCUCCUAUCAAUAACACUUCCUGUGCUUAUCGUGUGUCUGUGAAGACAGGAGGCUCCAUCACCAUCCCAUGUCGCUAUGAUCUGAGAUACAAAACACAUGUGAAAUACCUGUGUGAAGUAGAUUAUUUUCAAAGAUGCUUCCCUGAUGUACAUUCUAAGAGCAUAAAUAAGGCCUCAAUCUCUCAUUACAUCAACAAGCAAACCUUCACUGUGACCAUGACUGAUCUGAGGACAGAGGACUCUGGAAGUUACCGAUGUGCUGUGGAGAUCAAUGGUGGAUCAGAUGUCAUUAUAAAAAGAUUCCACCUAUCUGUCACUCCAGGUACUCCAGAACUCUAUGUGGACCAACAGGAUGUGACUGGAGUUGAAGGCGGGAGUGUCAUUGUAAAUUGUUACUAUAGUGACACUGUAAAUAUUAAGUGGUGCAGGAUUGGUGUCAGUGUCUCCUGUAUGGAUGGGAAUUCUGGGACUAUAAGCGAAACAUCAGUGACCCUACAGCAGACCACUGAUGCCCCCAGAAGAAAUGUCUUAACGGUGACUAUGAGUGGACUGAAGACGGAGAACACUGGCUGGUACAGGUGUGGAGUGGGAGACCUUAUAAUGCCUGUUCACAUCACUGUCAGACAACAAACCACCACUAUGACCAUAACUCAAGCUCCAACCACUGAACAAUCCUCUUUCUCUCCAACUGCUGAGCCUGUUCAGACUGACAACACAGUCCAAGGACCUGAGGGGGGCAAGGAGAAGGACUCCAUGAGAUGGGAAACAACAUUUUUCUACCUGCCAAAAAUUGGUAAUGCUGUGCUUUUCCUCCUGUGUACCAUCAUUGCUGUUGUGAAGUUCAGAGUAAACUGAAUCUGUGUUGAAACUAAAGAUGAGUAGAAAACAGAUAGGUCUCUUUGGUGAGACCAAGGGACAGAUUUACUUUGUUUCAUUGUUAAUCUUACAUACUGAAUCAUAGUCUUACUGUACUAUUGUCUGUUUUAUAUGUUAAAAUGCAUGCGUUGUUAAUAAACUAUAAAAAUCUA